AUGUCCUCUAAACUUCACGUCGCCAUUGUUGGUGGCGGGAUCACCGGUGUCAUGCUCGCCAUCGGGCUGCACGCGCGCAACGUCUCCUGCACCAUCUAUGAGCGUGCCUCUGGCUUCUCUGAGACGGGUGCCGGCAUUGGCAUCAGCCCCACCGCCGAGGCAGCAAUGCAACUCAUCGAUCCAGCAGUACACGCCGCCUUUCAGGCCGCCGUCACGCCCAACGGCGAGGACUACUUCCAGUGGAUCGAUGGCCACACCACCGACAGCGUCAUCUACCGUCUACCCCUCGGCAAAGAUGGUUUCCAGGGUGGCCGCCGCUCCCAGCUGCUGCACUGCUGGGCAGCACUCAUUCCACCAGAUCUUGUCCAGUUCCGCAAGGAGCUCGUCGGCCUCAACGACAGCGGCACGACGGUUACGCUGCAAUUUGGCGAUGGCACGACCGCCACAGCAGACGCAGUUAUUGGCUGUGAUGGCGUCUGGUCACGCACGCGAUCCCUCGUCUUUGGGGACGCCUACCGCGCCACGUACUCCCACCAGUACUGCUUUCGUGCUGUUGUCCCCAUGGCCGACGCCCGUGUCGCUCUGGGCAACCAGCGCUCGUCCACACGGUUCAUGUUCAAGGGGGCUAUGCUCAACAUCCUCGUGGUCGUGUCGGAUCCCAACCCAUGGCCAGAGACAAGCAGUGAAGUAGAUGGCGGCAUCGUCAAGGAGGCUUCGCCUGCUUCCUCUGCCACUUCUCGUGGUAAUCGAGAGGAUGCAGAACGGGCCUUUUCCUCGUGGCAGAAAUGUUCUCGCGCUGUCGUCAGCCUCCUGCCGUCUAAACCCGAUCGUUGGGCCAUCUUUGACCUGAUGGAGCACCCGCUGCCCACUUACGCCCGCGGACGUAUCGCUGUCGCCGGGGACGCCGCCCAUGCUGCAGGACCACAUCUCGGAGCCGGUGCUGGCUUCGGCAUCGAGGACGCUCUUGUGCUGGCCGAGCUUCUGGCUGGUAUUGCAAGGGAUAAUCAUACAACAACGAACACGUCUGCUUUUCCCGCGCGGAUCACCGCCGCCCUCUCUGCCUACAGCGACAUGCGCUAUGACCGCACUCAAUGGCUUGUCCGUCACACACGUGAUGCCGUGGACCUAUUUCAGUGGAGGGAUGAGUCUGCCGGCCAGGACACGGAACUGUUUCAGCGCGAGAUAACCUGGCGUUUUCACCACAUUUGGAACAACGAUGCCUCCGCCAUGGUGACCCAAGCACAGGACACAUAUGACGAAAGAUUGAAGCAAAGUCUCCUUUCUAAAUCAGAGUAG